AUGGAGGAAGGGUACCUCAGAAGCAAGUUCAAGACCGUGUGUGUCUUUUGUGGUAGCAACUCCGGCAAUCGACAAGUCUUCAGUGACGCUGCGAUUCAAUUAGGGAAUGAACUGGUUAAGAGAAACUUAGACUUGGUGUAUGGUGGGGGCAGUGUUGGGCUGAUGGGCUUAAUAUCUCAGAGAGUGUAUGAUGGAGGCUGCCAUGUCCUAGGGAUCAUUCCAAAAGCUCUCAUGCCUCUCGAGAUAAGUGGUGAAACAGUAGGUGAAGUAAGAAUUGUUUCAGAUAUGCAUGAGCGUAAAGCUGCAAUGGCUCAAGAAGCUGAUGCAUUUGUUGCUCUCCCUGGAGGAUAUGGAACAAUGGAAGAGCUGUUGGAGAUGAUAACAUGGGCCCAACUUGGAAUUCAUAAAAAACCGGUUGGUCUACUGAAUGUUGACGGUUACUAUAACUGUUUGCUUGCAUUAUUUGACAAUGGUGUUAAAGAAGGCUUCAUCAAGCCUGGUGCACGGAAUAUUGUUGUCUCUGCUACUUCUGCCAAAGAACUUAUGAUGAAGAUGGAGCAUUACACUCCUUCGCACGAACAUGUUACUCCUCAUGAGAGCUGGCAGACGAAGCAAUUAGGUAAUUAUCCAGAUGCAGAGUGA